GCGGCUGGCGGACUCUCCUUCCUGCACCUCUUUGGUGCUGGGAGGCGGGCCUCGGGGUCGCUGUUUGCGCCGCCGCCUCUGUGGGCCGGGCGAACUCACGUGACCCGCGCUGGCUCUGAAGCGGCUGGCAGCACUAAGGAAGCGGCGGCGGCGGCGGCAGAGGCGGCGACAGCAGCUGGGAGGUAGCGACCUGGAGAGCGACCGGCCGGCUGCCCUCUCGGACGGCCGCGGCGAAAGAGAAAAAUGGCGGAGGCCUCGGCGGCCGGGGCCGGCGCGGGCGCCGCGGUUGCCGCGCACCGGUUUUUCUGCCACUUUUGCAAGGGCGAGGUCAGCCCCAAACUACCGGAAUAUAUUUGUCCCAGAUGUGAAUCAGGCUUUAUUGAAGAAAUGACAGAUGAUUCCAGUUUUUUAGGUGGUGGCAGCAGCACAUCAACACAUUUUGCAGAGUUCUGGGACCAUUUGGACCCCACGAUGUUUUUCCAAGAUUUUAGACCCUUUCUAAGUAGCAGUCUACUGGACCAAGAUAAUAGAGCCAAUGAGAGGGGUCACCAAACUCACACUGACUUCUGGGGACCAAGUCGGCCGCCACGGCUGUCAGUGACUCAAAGAUACAGAUCUCGAGGAAGUACUCGUCCUGAUAGAUCCCCUGCUUUUGAAAGAGUACUACAACAAAUCAUUGCAGGAUUCAUUCCUGGAUCCCCAUUUUCUUGGAGCGGGAUGCUGCACUCCAACCCUGGGGACUAUGCCUGGGGUCAGACAGGGCUUGAUGCCAUUGUAACUCAGCUUUUAGGACAACUGGAAAACACAGGGCCUCCCCCAGCUGACAAGGAAAAGAUCACAUCUCUUCCAACAGUGUCAGUAACUCAGGAACAAGUUGAUAAGGGUUUAGAGUGUCCAGUAUGCAAAGAGGAUUACACAGUUGAGGAGGAAGUCCGGCAGUUACCCUGCAACCACUUCUUUCACAGCAGUUGUAUUGUGCCGUGGUUAGAACUGCACGACGCAUGUCCUGUAUGUAGGAAGAGCUUAAAUGGUGAGGACUCUACUCAGCAAACCCAGACCUCUGGGUCCUCUGCAAGCAACAGAUUUAGCAGUGACAGCCAGCUACAUGACCGAUGGACUUUCUGAAACUAAAGACCGCCUCUGAGCCAGGGCUAUGGUAGACCUCUUAUCACAGCUGUUAAUUGUAUCAAAACAAAAAAGUCGUAGGUGAAUUUAGGAAUCACCUAAGAAACCCAAACCCAUAACAUUAAUUCAUUGAGUGUUUUUCUUCUCUAAAUUUAAAGUUAGUAUCUACAGAUGGAAUUGUAUCUACAACCAAAUGCCUCUCAUUCUUGAAUUCAGAGCGAUAAUUUUGUAAGUGCGAAACUUAAUUAUGUGGGUUUCCCCUGCCAGAAUAGAAUCAGUUCCUUAAAGUCUAGCUAGGGUCCUGCUAUCUGUCAUGUUACCUUGUGAUGGAUGUUUCCACCUCUUUCUCCAACCUCCACCCUAUCAUAAGUGUACUUUACACUAAAUACAGUGGAACCAGAGCCCUAAAGUCCUGCUGAUAUAAAGUCCUUCUGUUUUAGUUGUACAAAAGCAUCUACUUUUGGCCACAUUAGCCAUGAAGUGAGAUCAGAUUAAUUCAAGAAUCUGAGACACUAACGAUUCUUGUUUUUUCUUAAAUUAUCAGAGAGCAAAUCAAAGAAAAAUUACAGUGGGAAGGAGAAAGUGGCUUAUCAUUGUAUUCUUUGGUUUUCUCAUUUUUACUUUUAAAGACUACUUCACAAGAUGCAGCUUCUGCAGAAACCAACCUGACAUGUCUUAGGAGUCUUAUGUUGGGAGGAAUCUGAUUCUGGUUCCUUUUUGGGAAUGAGUUGGGCAGCAUACAGGCACAGAAGGACAGAUGUUUGAAAUCUUUGGUUCCGAGGUUUUUUAGUGAUCCUCAACUCAUUGUUUAUCCUGGGGACCUUAAAAUAAUUUUCCUCACAGAAAUAGAAUUACUUCAUUACUGCUUCUACAGCUAAGUCAUUGUUUUUUGUAAUUCACUGGUCUUCAGGAAUUGAGAUUUUAUGUUGUCCCAUUUUAAUUUUUUAAGCCCAUUUAUCAUCUCUGAAACCUUUCUGUUUGCUUGGUUCUGUCUGUACUUGGAGUCAUACUGAUUAUUGUGAUCAUGCCCAAACAACUUGGCCUAGGAGACGUAGGCCUUCUUUUUUCAGCCUAACAGUGUCCCAUGCACAUGCACAUGCUCUUUGGCGCAUUUAAGUGUUUAAAGUUGAAUAAAUGAAGAAGAUUAAGAAUGUUGUUGGAACUUCAAAGUCUCAAAAAUAAAUGAUGGGGACAUGUAACCACUGUUGGUGCACCAAAAAGGGUGACAGAGGGGCAACAAUGGUAUGGUCAUAUCAGCCCUUCAUAGUUUGGAAUGAUCAGAACAAGAAGGCUGCUCUUUGGUGAGUCUCUCUUGGCUAGGAGUCUUUCCUCGGUUUUUGUUGACUCGUUGUACACUGGUUUUGGGGGUGAGGGAUGGGGUUAGAGAUAUCUUUGUAAUUUAGUAGAGGACAGAGGAGUAGGAGAGGGAAGAGAGAAAGUGGGAGAGUUUAAUUUAAUAGCCUACCUCUAAAAAUUGUGACCAUAAGUUAUGAUUCAGGUUGGGCCCAGAGAGAAUAAAAGAUGUUUUCUCAUAUGCCUUAUGUUAUCCUAUGUAGAGAUCGUUUCUUUGGAGAAUGUGAACUAUUUACUAUGGCUAUUGAAAUGUAGCCCAGAAAUACACACUGGUUUUGAAUGGUGAGGGGUGAAGAGGCUGAGGGGACAUGGGAGGUAUGUUGUGAAUAUUUAAUGGCCAUUACUUAGAUGGAGAAGGGCUAGGCUGAAGUUGGAGCACAUUGUAGUUUUCAAGUGGAACAAUAUCAGCUGUCUCAGAAAAAUGAUGCCAGCCUGGCAGUUUUUGUCUGCUUGUUAGUGUCUGGAGAUGCCAGAACAGGCAGGUGUAUUUUUACUUAACACUAGAGAACUAGAAAGAAUCUGAGUAGCUUUACAAAAGGAUGCAAACAAAGUGCUGGACAGGGAUUUAACUUUUCAAUAUAUGGAAGAGCAAAUUGCAUCAGUCUUAAGUUAUCUGAAAUUUUCUUCACUUUUUUUGUGCUUUUAGACAGAGUGCAUAAAUCCGUUUGCUGUUUCUGAGACCCCUCCUACUUAAUGAAUCUGUAGUGUUUCUUCCUAGAAUAGGAGGCAUCUCAGACUUCCAGGUUAAUUUAGGUAGUGUAUUAGGGUUCUCCAGAGAAACAGAAGCAGUAAGGUGUGUGUGUGUGUGUGUGUGUGUGUGUCUGUGUCUGUGUGUGUGUGUCUGUGUGUGUGUGUGUGGGUCUGUGUGUGUGUGUGUAGAGAUUUAUUAUAAGGAAUUGGCUCACAUGAUUAUGGAGCCAAACACAGUUUGAUAUAGUUCCCAAGGCAGAGGACUACAUAACCCAGACUUCUCAGGUGUUCAUUCGUUUACAACUGGAAGGCUUACAGACUCAGGAAACUGGAGCCUUACUAGGAGUCAAGGGAGAGAUGAUUCAGCUUUCCCUCAUUAUCAAAGAGAAUAGAAAAAAGUUGCCAUUUCAAAUCUUGGGCCCUUAGACUUGAGGCCUUUACAUUUGUACUAAAUGGCCUACCCUUUGAGUUCCAUGCAUAGAUAAACAGAUUGUUUUCCUAUUCAUGAAUGUCUUUUUUUCUUAUUCUUCCUUUCGUUCAUUGUAAUUUGAAAUAAAAGAGGAAGUAAAACUAUGUUAGCACAAAAUUAGGAGGGACUUGCUAGAGGUUGGUAGACCUGAAAGUGGAGAGGUUAUGUAGGGCAAUUCCUUGCUGGCCUCCAAGUGAUUAUUGCUUCUUGGGUAGUUUCCAGAUGGGUUAUUCUGGCUGGACAGAACUGGGCAGUUGGGUGGGCAGGGCAGAGUGGUGAACAUUUAACCGAUAUCUCCAACAGAGAGAAGGAAUAAUCCUUGUAUUAAAAAUUAAUUUUCCUGCAAAUUUCCUAUUGCCAGUUCUCUGAAGAGUUGGGAAACCUGAAGUAUCCAGAUAGCUUCCUUAGUUGUCAACAUUUGCUGCAUAACAAUUGAGCAAGUGCUUGUUAAAUGUUUUCCUUGAGCAGUGCUCUUCUGGUCCAAUAGUUAGUUGUCAAGUUGGAAGGAGGAUUUGGGGGCAAGAAUUUGUUUCUUCCCCCCGCAACAAGUCUCAGUUGGAUUAAAUAGUUAUUAGGAGAAAAAUUCCUUGUUUAUGUCUUUGUAUUGCACAUUUGUAUAUAUGCGUGUGUGUGUGUGUGUGUGUGUGUGUAUAUAUGUAUAUUCAUAGACAUAUGCAUAUAUGCACAUUUCACUCUAGAGGAAGAAGGGAUAUGGUGGGCACCGAAGUAGAUAAAGUGAGCAGGGGUACAGCAGAGGACUGGAGCUUUAGUCUGAUUCUCUCAUUGCAUGUGCCUCAGGCCCAUGUGUUUCUGUAGUUCUCUGUAAUAGGGCACUGUUAGCUUGGGCAGGCACCCCGUUAUGCGGUGUGGCAAAUGGAUUCACUGGAGCUAAAAGUCUGGUCAUUUCUGAAGGUUGAGGAUAAAUGGCUUUGAGGAAAGGGUGUUGGUCAUCUCUUGUUUCUAUAUUAUAAUUAAUUGAACUAAGACACAGUUAUCUAUUGCUUUCAAAAAAUUUUCUUGGUAAGUUAUUGAUGACACCUUGACUUCUCACAUGAACUUCUGCAUGCUUCAGUUUCGUUCUUCCUGGUGUCCAAGUCCUAUUUCCUCAAGGAAUACAGAUAUAUCAGACUUAACAAAAACUAAUCAGGAGGGGAUCAUAGUUUGUCUGUUUUAAACAACAACAAAACAACCCCUGGGGUUUUGGGAGGUGAAGGGUACCUCAGAGUUGGUUGUUAGAGCUCAUCUAGGCAGGCCACUGACAUCUGUGAAGGAAAACAGAUUUUUAGGAGGAGAAGGAACAGGGCUGGUGAAUGAAUAUUUGGAUGUUAGGGAAAAUCCCUCUUUUGUCUCUGUGGUAGAGAGGUGGGAAGAUAAAGGUGCUGUUUACAAGAAUAAACCAGUGGAGAUUUGGGAGUUUGCGGGGGGACUAGCAGGAGAGAGUACUCCUACUGAGAGUUUCCAAAAUGAAUCUAACAUAAGUUCUGAUGUAGGGAGUUCAGGGAAAGAUUUGGUGGGGUAAACAUAUCACAGGUGUUUAUCCUACGGUGGGAAAUUAUAGCUUGCAGUAAUGUCAGCAUCUCAGCACUCAGGCUGGGAACCCCAGGUCUGCGCCAUGGGUUUAAAAUGGAAUGUGUAGAAUACAAUGAGUACAACUGGAGAUCUUUUCCAGGAUCGAGACAGGAUCAAAAUGUCUUAGCUAAUGGACAUUAAGAGGCUUUGAUCUCUCAUACCUGCCAGAUAAGUGGAAUUACAGGCACUCAACUCUCUAAUUUUAUACCUAUAAACUUUGUGUUUUGCCAGAUUAUACUUAGAUGGUGUCCACAGAAGUGGAGUCUAUAUGUUGCCUUUCCUCUUUCACCUGAAACACUUAUAUCUGUAAAUCAUGAGAUGUAGGCUUGUCGUUCUUUACCUUUUCUAAUAAGAUAUACCAUUUUUAAGGUCCCCAAAUUAUUAGACUCGCUCCCAACAAGAUUAUAGUUGUAUUUUUAGUAUCUUUUGAUGGAAAAAACACAUAGCAAAAAGCUGCUAUGAUUUUAGUAAUGCUUUUAAAUCAGUUUGUCUUUAUUAGUCACACCAGAAUCUAUAUCCAGUUGAAGUACAGUAUAUACAUAUUUGUAAGAUAUAUUAUUUAUUCAGACUGAACAUAAUGCUUACAUAGACCUCUUAAAAUAACUACAUGGCCUCACAGAGGUUCAAAUUCCUUGGGUUGUGAAUCACUCAUAUAGAUUGAGGUUAAGAUGUGUGUCCAGAAGUCUACCUGUUCAUGCAUGGAAAUUUAUAGACUUAUUUGAAAGGAGUGGUAUCAAUACACUUUGAAAGCCGAGAUAUAAGUAUUUCAAAUUUUUGUUUAACCAUCUUGAGAUAAGCAGAAUAAAUAAAUUCUUUAGAAGUGGGA